ACAGGGACAGGAUCACACCACCGCUGCUGUGUGUCUCCCGGGGCGAUGCGCAUUACUCACCCUAACCCCUCUCUCUCCUCAAUCACAUAUUACUGUCAUAUCUUACGCCACCGCCCAAAUAAAAUCUGUAAUCAUUUCUUUAAUUUCUCUCCUUGGACCUCACAAUCCACAAUGGCCGGAGAAUCGGAGAGCUUGUCCACAGUCGCAACCGAUGAAAGCACCAAGUACGGAUUCGAGCGGCCAGAUAUAUACCAGAGCAACCUCUCUGGCACCGUUGAUCCUUACGACCGCCACUUGUUCCUUUGCUACAAGACUCACGACUCAUGGCCUUCUCGCGUUGAGGAUUCUGAUUCCGAUCCGCUUCCCAAGCUCCUCUCCUCCGCUCUUAAAGCUCGCAAAAACGACAUCGCUGCUAAGACUCGGCUGACCAUAUGCGAGGGAGGUGAUGACCUAGUGUUAUCGGAAGGAGAUGUUUUGGAUUUCCCUGAAAUGAUCAUAUACAGGGGCUUGAAGGACUCGGAUGUGGAUGGUUUUGUUGAUGAUGUCGUAGUCAAUGGAAAACCCUGGGCAUCAGGAUUACCUAACUCUAGGGGCCGAAUGGGUACGCCUGUCGAGAAAACUGAAAAAGUUGAAGAACCUAAGCUUACAAAUGGAACGAAUCUUAACAAUAAUGAGAAGCAGCCUCAAGAAAGCGGUACCGAAGAUAAGGAAAGCGUGGGAAGCUGUUGCCAAGGUGUUAAUGGAUUCUCAUGUUGCAGAGAUGAGAAUUUCGAGAAGCCUGUGAAGAAGGGAUCAGGCGGACUCUCUUGCUGGACAGGAAAAUGGGAGCAGUGGGAAAUUCUGACAGCCGUUGCUGUUGUCGGUGCAGUGGCUUCUAUUGCCAUGACUUAUGGAUUACAUCGAAGGUCGAGGUAAAGUUUGCUCCAUAACCUAUCACUUACUUUCACCGUUGGGAGAUAUACGCCCUCGAUUUUUGUAGAGGGGUAUGACUAGAACUAUAAAUAAAUUCUCUUGACCACGCCUUCUUGACAGAAGGAAAUAUGUAUUCAUCAAUCUGAAUUUCAAGAUGAAAAGAUUAGCUAUAUGAAGUUUCAGCAUGUUACUUUUUCCUGAGAUGUUUCUGCUUUGUUAGUACACUGUUGACUUCGUUUGUAUCGAUGCUGAUUCUCAUUCCAAUAUAAGCAGGUAAUUGGUCCA